GUGUCGGUGAUGGAGCGCUGGCGGGGCAGAGUGGCUCUGGUGACCGGAGCCUCGGUCGGGAUCGGGGCGGCUGUAGCCGUAGAGCUGGUCCGGCUCGGCAUGAAAGUGGUGGGCUGCGCCAGGGACAUCGGAAAAAUCCAGAAACUGGCAGCAGAGUGUCAGAGUGCCGGCCACCCUGGUGUUUUGGUGCCCUUCAAGUGUGACUUGACCAAAGAGGAGGAGAUUCUGUCCAUGUUUGCAGUGAUCAAAGAGCAGCACAAAGGCGUGGACGUGUGCAUCAAUAACGCUGGCUUGGCUCACCCAGAGCUGCUGCUAAACGGCAAAACCAGUGCCUGGAAAAACAUGUUGGAUGUGAACAUUCUUGCACUGAGCAUCUGUGCACGUGAAGCUUAUCAGUCAAUGAAAGAGCGAAACGUGGAUGAUGGGCACAUCAUAAACAUAAACAGCCAGUGCGGUCAUCAAGUGUUUCCUAAUGCUGAUGUACAUUUCUACACCUGCACCAAGUAUGCUGUAACUGCGCUGACUGAGGGCCUGAGGCAGGAGCUGCGUGCAGAAAACACUCAUAUCCGGGCCACAAGCAUUUCUCCUGGUGUAGUGGAGACAGAAUUUGCAUCACGCCUCUACAGAGACAAUUCUGAUAAAGCAGCUGCUGUAUACACUAAAUAUAGGUCUCUGGAAGCAAAAGAUCUCGUCAGUGCCGUCACAUAUGUGCUCAGUGCCCCUCCUCAUGUUCAGAUUGGGGAGAUUUUGCUUGAAAGUUUGUAGCAGGUGUCAUGCAACUUGGCCGUGAGACCCAUCCCAAUCUUUACAUCAAAGUAGUGUGACUGGCUCUCCUUACUUCUCAACACUGUCAGAUUGUAAUCAAUUCACAGAAGAAUAAAAU